AGAGAGAGAGAGAGAGAGAGAGAGGGGUGUGUGAGAGACAGACAGAGCGCUCACACACACACACACACACACACACACACACACACACACAGACAGACAGAGCGCACAGACAGACAGAGAGAGACAGACACAGCGCACACACACACACACACACACACACAGACCGUCGCACAGUAAACACCCUGUGAGACCUUGUGAUAUUUUACAUUUAACCCCUUUUUUCGGUCCCGGAUGUAAAACUGGGCUUCAGAUUAAAACCCGUUCCGGAUUCAGUGGCGUUUAAACGGAGUUUUCCAAGAAGCCUUGAAGUUGAGCACAAGUUUCCUGGCACGAUGGCCAUGGUUCAGAACAACCGUCCUCACCCUGAGAAGGACCAGGCUCUGCUCAGAGUCCCAGUGAAGAGGCUAAUGCGCGAGAGGCAGAUAGAAGCAGCACCCAUAAAGAAGCGUGUGAUGGCAGCGCUUAAUUUGUCAUGCAAAAAGGCCUCUGAAUUGUCUUUGUCAUUGUCAUCAUCAAGGACUCCUGUUAUAAAGACCGAACAUGUAGAGAAGGACUCAGUGUUUCUUAACUAUCAGCACGUCUCAAAGGGACAGGACGGACGAGACAGCGCUCUGGACCUAAGCCCGGCUUUGAGACACACUCUGGCCCAGUUUACUCUGAGCAGCCAGUGUUCUUUAGGAGGCCCUGCUGCUUUUUCUGGUCAAUACAGCCAGGAGAAGGUGGCUCCGUCCCUCAGCCAGGCCAGCGUGGCAGUUGGGCCCUUACUGGUGCCUCCUGACAGCUCCACAGAGCUGGUGUUGUGCACGCUGGAAGGCGAAUCCAUUUCCUGCUUCUCAGUGGGUGGUGAGCUACGCCUGUGUUUGCCUCAGGUGCUCAACACAGUGCUGCGAGACUUCUCCCUGCAGCAGAUCAACUCUGUUUGCGAUCAGCUCUAUGUCUAUUGCUCACGCUGCAACGCUUCCCAGCUGCAUGUCCUCAAAGUGCUGGGCGUCCUCCCUGCAGGCGCACCAUCCUGUGGCCUCAUCACCCUCACUGACGCCCAGAGGCUCUGCAACACUCUGCUCCACCCGGGCGACAACGUCCCUACUGGCCCACAUAAAGACCACCGACUCGCCGAGGAAGAAGAGCGAGAAGCCGAGGAAGCUGGAGGGUUCUGGGUGGAGCAUCAGUGCCUGGGCAAGUGCCAAGGCCUGUUCGUUCCUCGCCUCUACACCACUCCAGGUGCUCCGUGCAUCCGAUGCUCACAGUGCCGGCGGCUUUUUUGUCCCGAACGCUUCGUCAUGCACUCGCACCGGCAGCCAGACAAGAGGACGUGUCACUGGGGCUUCGACUCCGCCAAAUGGCCGUGUUACCUACAAUUGGGCCGACGGUACCAAGGCACGGCUAAUGGGGGGAAACUGGAGCAGCUUCUGGAGACCAUGAAACUGAAGUUCAGUGGAAUUAGUCUGGACACGAAGACGUCACAUCUGGAGACUGUCCGAGUGGAUGAAGGGUUAAAUCUGUGUUCUGGGAAAGAGAAAGUGUGUGAGAGUGGUUCAGAGAGAAAGGUGGUGGCAGGGGCAGCGUUCUCGGGGUACGUGUUUGACCCAUGUGUCCUCUCCAACCUGAAGGAGGAUCCCAGGCACCUCGACCUCAUGUGGCAAAGUUGGUAUCUUUACAUGCACGAUAAGCUGAAUGUCUCCAGCUCAGCCCUGGACUCUGCACAAGCUGCUGAUAAAGACGACGACACACCAAGAGCAGAGAUGCUGAAACCUGUGAAGAAAGCGUCUGAAGAAGCAGCAGAAGGGGGCAAAAAAACAAGUUGCCUGAUGAGCCAAUCACAGCGCAGCGAUCCGGACGAGCGGCCCAGGGUUUCCAUGGAAACACCGGCAUGUGAAAAGUCUUUGGAGGAGAACAAGGACAGCAUGGUGGUGGAGGUGCUUCACAUGUACAGCGCUCAGCAGGAAAAGCUGCAGUCCACACUACGCAAGCAACAGCAGCUGGAAAAGGAGCUGCAGACUCUGCGCAAGGCCGAUGCAGACGAGCAGGGGGAGGUGCAGACGGAGCCGCAGACAGAGCAUGCUCAGAAGAAGGAGGUGGAGCAGGAGGAGCAGAAGAGGCUUCAGUGCAGUGUGGAGCAGCAGCGGAGCUGUAGGUGUCGAGAACAGCAGGAGAACCGUUACGCUGCACAGCUGUUGGAGCUGCGCCAGAGGUUGGACCGUGCUGAAGAGGACCGUGAGGAGCUGCAGGAGGAGCUGAGACGUGAACGAGAGGCUCGGGAGAAGCUGGAGAGGAUCAUAUCUGAGCUCAGACAGCAGAUGAAGGAGUCGGUUCCUCCGUCAGCACUCGACAGCCCGCUCUCCAACUCAUCCAGUGACAUCCUGAUGUCUCCUGCGCCGUAACUUCCCUAUUAUUUUAUUUCAUAUAACCAUUUCAUAUUUCCAGACAAUUCCUCAAGAAUGUUACAUUUUCUGCAGCACACGUCAUUAUUUCGUCUAGAAAAAUUUAAACAAAACCAAACAAAAAACGUAUCUCCUGGAUUUUCUUUUUGUGAUUAAAAGCAUUACCUGCUUUUUAUGUCACUUUUUUGAGUAUGCAAAUUUUCAUGCAUGUAUAUGAACCUGAGUGUGUGUGUGUGUGUGUGUGUGUGUGUAAACUUCUCACAGAUUAAUUCUCAGCGUUGAUUAUUAUCCCGUGCGCUGACUACUGUUAGAAAAAAAAAAGAUUUCAUUUCUUUUAAAAGUUGUAACGUGCUAAUGUUUAUUAAAAUAAAGUAUUUAUUACAUUGUUUUAUUGCUAGAUGUUAUUGUGAGCAAACCUUUAUUAAAAAAAAAAAGAUAUGCUGAUAGGUAAUAGGUACGCAAAUGUUUAAUUUCAUGUUAUGGGAUAUUUUGUGCCAUUUUUCCGACUUGAAAGUUUCAGAGUUCUGACAUUCCACCUCUCGAUCUUCUUCUCUUUAUAUCCUGUUAGACCUUUUACUUUCUGCACCCGUAAGCCAUGUACACACAGUCUGAAUGUAAGAUAUCGUACGUAUGCAUGUGCGCUGAAAUAUAUACGGAUUAUAUUAACUGAGUUUACACCAACGUAUAAGUUUUUAAAAAGAAUUCUGUACAUAAACGUUUUGUAAAAUGUUUCUUUCUCGAUUCUCUCUGUGAUUAAACUUCUGUUUUAAAAUUUUUAACAAAAGUCGAGAACAUUAAAGGUUGGUCUUUAGUGUCAUAUGAUAGGAAACGAUAUUAAUGUGUGUGUGUUAUCAGUUUAGACGAACAGGGUUUAUUAUAAAGAAGUGAAGACGUGAGCGUGCGGUGAGAUGCAGCAGGUCUCAGAUCCACGCUGUGACUCUCCGUGACAAUCAGACACUGAUGACGUUGUUCCUACCUCAGAUGAAUGGUGUAUAAGCUGUGUAUCUGUUUUCAUACAGUGUGGACUGAUGGAGCGCUAAAAUGACCUCUGUGCUGUUUCUAUGCUGCUUUAUGAGCGAAGUGUUCUGGGCUUUUUCAUGUCAGCAGCUCAUCGACUGAUGCAUGUGGAAUAUAAAGAGAUUUCUUUCUUUCUUUCUUUCUUUCUUUCUUUCUUUCUUUCUUUCUUUCUUUCUUUCUUUCAUGUGUGCUGAUGUUUUCUUUGUGUCACUCUCACAGUUUUGUACGUCAAUAGAAUUGAUUAGAUUAUAAUUUAUCCUUGAGAUUAACAAUAAAAAUACUCUAUUUAACUGA